AUCGUCAGUUAGUCGAACUCGAGUAGACAACAAGCCAAGUGAGAAUGUUCAAGUCCAUCGCUGUGAUCGCGGUGCUGGUGGCCCUGGCCAGCGCCGAGCUGCAUCGCGUGCCAAUCCUCAAGGAGCAGAACUUCGUGAAGACCCGCGAGAAUGUGCUGGCCGAGAAGUCGUAUCUGCGCACCAAGUACCAACUGCCCCAGGCCCGCAGCGUUGACGAGGAGCAGCUGUCCAACUCGAUGAACAUGGCCUACUACGGAGCCAUCUCCAUCGGUACUCCAGCUCAGAGCUUCAAGGUGCUGUUCGAUUCCGGCUCCUCCAACCUGUGGGUGCCCUCCAACACCUGCCAGAGCGAUGCCUGCCUGACCCACAACCAGUACGACUCCAGCGAGAGCUCCACCUAUGUGGCCAACGGCGAGUCCUUCUCCAUCCAGUAUGGAACUGGCAGCCUCACCGGUUACCUGUCCACCGAUACCGUCGAUGUCAACGGCCUGAGCGUCACCAGCCAGACCUUUGCCGAGUCCACCAACGAGCCUGGCACCAACUUCAAUAAUGCCAACUUUGAUGGCAUCCUCGGCAUGGCCUACAAGUCCCUGGCCGUGGAUGACGUUACUCCUGUCUUCUACAACAUGGUUUCCCAGGGUCUGGUCGACCAGUCCGUGUUCUCCUUCUACCUGGCCCGCGCCGGCACCUCCACCGAUGGUGGUGAGCUCAUCUUCGGCGGCUCCGACUCCUCCCUGUACUCCGGCGCCCUGACCUAUGUGCCCAUCUCCGAGGAGGGCUACUGGCAGUUCACCAUGGCUAGCUCCUCCAUUGAUGGCUACAACCUGUGCGAUGACUGCCAGGCUAUUGCCGACACUGGCACCUCCCUGAUCGUGGCUCCCUACAAUGCCUACAUCACCCUGUCCGAGAUCCUGAACGUGGGUGAGGAUGGUUACGUUGACUGCUCCACCGUCAGCUCCCUGCCCGAUGUCACCUUCAAUAUCGGCGGCACUGACUUCACCCUGACCCCCUCGUCCUACAUCAUCCAGUCGGAUGGCAACUGCAUGUCUGCCUUCGAGUACAUGGGCACCGAUUUCUGGAUCCUGGGUGAUGUCUUCAUUGGCCAGUACUACACCGAGUUCGAUCUGGGCAACAACCGCAUUGGCUUCGCCCCCGUGGCCUAGGUCAUCUGAUCAUCGAUUAAUAAAUGAAUGAGUUUUAGUA